CCGCUGCUGUCACGGGAGCGGCCCCAGUGCUGCCACCCGCCCUGCGCCCCCCUCCUCUCCGCGUCCCGCCGGGGCUGGGGUCCAACAUGAUCCCUGGGCAGGAGGAUUGAGGGGGGAGGUUCUCCCUUCUCCUCCUCCUCCCUCAAAGGUUCCCCUUGUCCCCCGCAGGAAUCCUCACCCUGGAAGUGUCUCAGCAGUGCCCAGCACAGAGGGACAGUCACUGCUCUGGUUCUGUGGCCACACCAUGGCUGGUACAAGCCAGGUGCCCUUGGCCUUCUUUCCCACCUGGGCUCACAUUCAGCCACUGCUUACCAGCUCCCCCAGGUUCUUUUCCACUGGAAGAAUGUAAGAAUUCUUCCCUUUUUUCCUCCCUUUUCUCUCAUGCUGCAAAUGGGGGCAUUUGCCCUUCUCCAGCCCAAGAGACAACACCCGUGGCCCUUUCUGGGCACUUCACCAGGUUCCUCUUCCUCCCAACCACAACAGGAGCCUCCCGAGCAAGGCCGGGCAAAACCAGCCGCUGAUAACACGACUUCCAGGUUGCUCCUGCCAAGGCCGGGCCGUUGAACUCCAGGGCCCAGACGAGCGCCCUUUGUUUGUCUGUGAGGUCCUGGCAGCGACACCCGCCCCACGACAGCUCAGGGGCCUUGGUGCCAUGGUACAGCCUGGGGUAAUGACUCUGUUUAUCCUGUUUGGGUAAUCCUGAUAACGGGCCCAACCCGCCGUCCCCCCCUCCCCGGCGAUUCAUUGAGAAAACGGCUGUUGACGCAGCGCUGGGAACUCAUUUGCCCCCGGCCAAUCAGCCCAGGGACAGCGGGGCUGGUUGGGUGUUUUUUUUUAAUGAGGGCAGCUUAAUCAGGGCGGUCAAGGCUGUGGAGGGGUGUUUCAGUGGUGACCAAGCCUUAUAAGAGCUGGCUGGAGGAGCCACAGGGCUGGCAGAGCUGGGAGGACGGAGAUUUAAGGAGGGGUUUUACGGGAGUUUCGCCGAGGACCCGGCUCAGCUAUGAGCACCGGCGUGGGCAUGGAGUGCGAGAGGUGCCAGUGCCACAGCAAGGAUAAGAACACUGCCAUCCUCUACACCCUCCUCAGCCAGAACCUGCACCCCGGGCGGGCCCGGCAGCGCUGCCUGUGCCACCAGCGCCGCACCGUCCGGCUGCGCACGCCACACGUCACCUGCCAGGCGGCCUCCGACGUGCUGGUCAAAACCAUCAGCUUCAUGAAAAACCUCCCUUCCUUCUACCUGCUGCCGAAGGAGGACCAGCUCCUGCUGCUGGAUAGCUGCUGGGUGCCCCUCUUCCUGCUGGGGCUGGUGCAGGAGAUGGUGACCUUCGAGGUGAUGGAGGCGCCGGCCCCCAGCAUGCUCAAGAAGAUUCUCCUCAGCGGGCAAAGCAAAGGGCAGGAGCCCGAGAGGACACAGCCCACACUGGCUGCAGUGCAGCGGCUGCAGUGCUGCCUCAACACCUUCUGGAGCCUGGAUCUGAGCCCCAAGGAAUAUGCCUAUCUGAAGGGAGCCAUCCUCUUCAAUCCAGACAUCCCCGGGCUGAGGGUUUCCCUCUACAUCGAGAGCCUGCAGCGGGAGGCCCAGCGAGCCCUCCAGGAGGUCGUGCAGCCGCUGCACCCCGACGACCAGGGACGCUUUUCCCACAUUUUACUGGUUGCCUCCUCCUUAAAAUCCAUCCCCCCCACCCUCAUCACGGAUCUGUUCUUCCGGCCCGUCAUCGGCGACGCCGACAUCGCGGAGCUGCUGGUGGAGAUGCUCUACGAGGCUCCGGGGCUGUGUGUGCCCUGCUGAGCAGCCCAGGAUGCUCCCCACACCUUGCCAGGAUCCACGGCAGAUCCAGGAGAGGGGAUUUAGGGAGAGAAGCGCUCCGGACUCUUUGGGAACUGCGUGUUUCGUUAGGGCUGAGGCUGGAGGAUCCGUGCAGAAGCAGCUCCGGCUCAGCGGAUGUUUACAGCGGCUCCUGCUGGCCUCCAUUUCAUGGAGUGUGUGGGGUUUCAUGGAGUGUGAGGGGUUUCAUGGAGUGUGUGGGGUUUCCUUCCCUGUUCCCCCCUGCCUGUGAGCUCUGGUAGAGCCUGAUCCCAGUUUUUCCCCUGUGAAAUCAUUGUGCAUUUUGCUGUUAACUCCGAGCACUGAGGGCUGUCCUCAGCUGACAGCUCGAUCCUGUGCUGUUUGAUGGCCUCAGUGGGAUCACUUACACAGUGCAAACAUUGUGGAAUCAGGUCUGGGUCUGCCUGUUGUGCUUGAAAUCUUAGAAACACUCAGGGAAUACCCUCAGGGGGAAAAGCCAAAGUGUUAAAUCCCACAGGGCGUCCAGACUCACCCUCUUUCCCUUAGAUUACAUCUUUCCUCCCUAAUUCCAUGAAAUACAACAGGACUAAGAGCACCUAAACCUGCUGCACCUCAUUUUGGGCUCUGGGCUUACCUGUUUGUGUGAUAAGUGAACCCUGAGCUGGGAACGCCGUGGAAACGAGCGGAGCUGGUUUAGUGGUUGAUCCAAACAUCCCUCCCUGGAGUCAGAGCCAGGUGCACACCUGGAAAACUCGCUCCUCCUGCCUUCAACAGGUGAGGUGUCAGUAUUUUAUAAGUGAACAUUCAUGUGGUUUGUAUAUAAGAUGCAAUAAAUUAUUUUUUUAAUAAAAUGCUUGACGUUUUGGAACAACA